AUGAAUAAAAAUAUAGAAUUAAAAACAAGUGAUACAAAUUCAAGUCUUUUGAAUUAUUUGAAUAAUAAAAAAACAAGUAUUCAAGAAGAGUUAAGUACAAAUAAAGUAUCAGAUAAAUUAGCAGAAUUAGACAAGCUAAAUGAAAAUAUAUUAAAUAAUUGUGAUGAAAAUUUAUCUCAAAACAUGAGUUCUGAUUCAAAAAAUAAUUUAAAUAAUAAUAAUGAAAAAGAAUCUUUAAAAAACAAAAAAAAUGAAACUCUUUUGAAUAAAAAAAAAGAGGAAAAUUAUGCUUCUACAAAUAACAGAAAGGAAGAUAAUGAUAUAGAAUUAGACAAAGAAAAAUUAGAUAAUCAAUAUAAUGACACUAAAGAUGAUAAACUUGAAAAUAAAGAAUUAGAAAAUGAGAUAUCAUCAGAUAAGCAUCUAAAAAAAAAUAAUUUUUCAGAUUCGGGAUAUAUAGAAAGUUUGAAAUGUGAAAUUGAAAAAAAGAUAGAAAAUGAAACUAUUCAAAAAUAUAAAAGUAAGCUAAAUCCGAUUGCACCGGAAUUCAAACCACAAAAUGCCUUGUAUAUCUAUCAGAAAAUUCAACAGCAUACAAAAAGAAACAUAAUUUUGUUAAUAAAAUCCUUUGCAUAUAAAGGAAUUAAAUUAGAAAACAUUUCUGGGGAAUAUUGCAAAAAGUAUAAUGCACUACUAAAUUUAAGCCAUGCAGGAUUUACUAAUAUUUAUGAUUUACUAAAGAGUUUGGAUUACUGCUUAAUAUAUGAAGAAAUAAAAGAUGAGAGAGAAAAGGAAGAAAAAAAAAUUGAAAAAAUCGUUAAUGAGAAAGGUUUAGAAAAGAAUAAAGCAAGUGAUUUAGAAAAAAGUAUAGAAAAAGAUACGGAAAAAAAUUCAGAAAAUGAUACCAAAAAAAAUAUAGAAAAAAAAAAUACAGAGGAAAUUUUAGGAAAUGAUACAGAAACAAAUAUAAAACAUCAUAAAGAAGAAAAUUUAGAAAAUAAUAAAGAAAAAAGUAUAGAAAAAGAUAUAGAAAAAAAUACUGAGGAACUUUUAGGAAAUGAUACAGAAAAAAAUGCAGAAAAUGAUACCAAAAAAAAUAUAGAAAAAAAUACAGAGGAAAUUUUAGGAAAUGAUACAGAAACAAAUAUAAAACAUCAUAAAGAAGAAAAUUUAAAAAAUAAUAAAGAAAAAAAUAUAGAAAAAGUUACGGAAAAAAAUGUGGAAAAUGAUAAAAAAAGUGAUAUAGAACAAAAUAGAGAAAAUGAGUUAAAAAGCUAUGAUAAUAAUGAAAAAAAUGGAGUAUCUGAACAAAAUUUAUUAAUUAAAUAUAAAACACCUAAAAUGGAUACAGAUAAACAGUUUUUUGUAAAAAUAAUAUUGGGCACUCUUGCGGAAUGUACUAAUUACAAUUCAAAAUUAAGUGAUGAAGAAACUCCGAUAAAUAAUAGUGUAUCAUUGACUAAGUUACCACAAGAAGUGAAAAAAAUAUUUGGAUCGUUCUUUAAUUUAAAGGCAUUGCAAAUUCGUUGUGGAAUAGACAAAUUGCAGAUAUUUUUAGAAGAAAUACAGGAAAUUCAAAUUUUAUCAUUUGCUAAUGAUAUUAAACUUAGGAUAACACCUCAAACAUUUGAUUCAAAAAUACCUGAAUUAAAAUUUAUAAAAUCAUUGAGUAGUAAUGAGUUAAAAUCCAAAUCUUCUAUCAAAUUCAAUAGUAAGAAGCAUAGUAUUUCUAUGCAAUUUCUUGAUAAAAAUAUGAAUUUUAAUUCUUAUAAUGGAAGUAAUAUUUUAGGUAUGCAUAAAAAUAAAAUAAAUUCUCUUGAUAACAUACAGUUAAUAAAAUCAAUGAAUUCUAAUGAUCUGAAAAAUAUAAAUUACUCUUUUAAUAAAAAUAAUGAAUCAUCUUAUAAAUUAACUCAAACAAAUUUGAAAAAUAUUAUAUUUGGUGAAAAAUUCAAUACAAUACCAAAUGAUUCUGAUUCCAUUUCAUCAAAUAAAUUAAAUGAUAAUCAUAAUUUUAAAUCAAAAAUUUAUUCUAAUAGUUUAAUAAAUAUCCAUAAAAAAAAUAAAUUCUCUAAUUAUAAAGAAUAUUCUAAUACAAAUUUCAUCCCUAAAAUAUUAACAAAAAUGCAAUUGCAUAUUCUAUUGUUCCAAUUAAUAGUUAUUUUAUCAGAAAGACAAAAAAUUGAAUGGAAGGAAAUAAAUAAAAUAAAGGAUCAAAUAUUAUAUUCAAAUAGUAGAAUAGUUGAAAAUAAAUAUAAUGAAAAAAAUGAUUCUCAAGAAAACAUCCCCACAGAGGAGAAUAUUAACAAGCAUAAAGCUGACAAAGAUAAUACAAUAGAAACAGAUAUAAAUAGUAAUGAAAAUGACAAAAAAAAAGUUAACAUUUUAGAUUUUAUAAAUACAUCAGGAACUAAUGAUUCGUCUGAAUAUCAAAAUGAAAGUUUUAAAACAUAUGAUACAUCAAACUUAUUUAAAUCAGAAAAUUUAUCAAGUGAUAAAUAUACAAAAAAUUCAGACUUUUUUAGUUCCCAUGAAAGAGAAAAUACUAAUGAACAAUUUAUAGGUGUGUUUGUUUCAUCUAUUAAAAGUGAAUGGAAUAAAACAUAUUCAGAGCAGUUUCCUUUGAGUUUUUAUUUAAAUUACUAUAAAACAAAAAAAUUAAGAAAAUUAUUAGAAGAAAUACCUAAUUUAAUCACAACUGGAUAUGGUAGAACAAUGCAAGUUUUUACCUUAGAUUCUGCUCAAGAAUAUUAUGAUAAUUUAUUUUCUGAUAUGAAAGAAAAUUUUAAAACUUUCACAAAAUCUAAAUUUACAUCACUAAGUAAUUCUGAGUAUUUUAAAGACACAACUUACAAGGAUGUCGCUAAAGCUUACAAUAGUGGAGAGACAGUAAAUUUGCUUAAUAUUUUAGGAAGAGAUGAUUUCAAUAUUCCUAGAAUGAACAUUAAUAAAUAUUAUGAUAAGUUCAUGCAUAAAUCAAGUAGAGGUAGAAAUUAUUACAAUAUCGGCAAUUAUAGAGAUGCAAAUAUAAACUAUAAACAAGAUGAUUUCGAAAAACAAAAUUCCUUUUUAUUUAGAAAUAAAAAUUUAGAAAUAUUAAGAUAUCAUUUGCACAAGCUUUUAUAUAAUUUAGUUAUACAUGUUUGCAAAAAGCAGAAUUCCCUAUUUUUAAAAUAUAAAGCUAAUGGUGUAAUUCUCAGUGAGUAUGAAAUGAAUAAACAAUUAUGUGGUCCUGUUUAUUACUCCAGCGAUUUAACAUAUGAAGAUUUUGUAACAGUUAAAAAAACAUUUUUUGAAAAAGAGCAAAUAAAUAAAAGUGUCUAUAUUCUAUCACAACAUGGAAUAUAUGGAAUAAAAUUUAUUCAUUUAACAAAUGAAUGGUUUAAAUUAUAUAAAUGUGAAUUACGCCCUUUGAUGAAAAUAUGUAAUUAUGAAAAAAUUGGACAGAUGAUUUGCAACAUGCCAAAUGUAUUUGUUGUAGGGGAAGGUUUUGAUACUAAAUAUAUUCCUAAUACUCAAUUGAAUAGCGAACGUAAAACUUUUAAUGAUUUGGUAGCGGGGAAUUUAACAAAAACAUCUUCUGAUAACUAUUCGUAUAACAAUAAAACAAACUUUCAAAGAAUAACUCAAGUUGCAGCAAACAUGCCAAAACAUAAUAAUAUGGCUUAUGAAAGUAUUAUGAGGUUGUUAUUUCCUAAUGUUUCUUCUCGAAGUGCAAAUAUGAAUACAUACUUCAAUUCUUAUUCAUCCUUAAGGGAUCAUAAAGAAUACAAAAAGAAUAUAUCAAUGUUUCCAGAUAUUUAUAAUUCAUAUUCACUUAAGAAUGAUAUUAGUAUUAAUCAUUUAUUCAAAAAUCUUUAA